AUGAAUGAUUCAGGAGGUUCCUUUUCAGGUAGAGAGAAGAGAACAAUGAAAACCACACCACAGCAAGCGACUAUAUACAGUCCCAUACAAGUGACAAGCCGGGGAGUAAAUUCAAAUUUCAAACCUCCGCUCCAACGUUCGCUUCCAAACUUAGGGAUUAGAUUCAUUGGCUUCUCUUCCCAAGGAGGUAUAAAUACUCCAUAUCCUCACACCUUUCUACUCAUAGGCAAAAAAACAUCUUGUUUUCACUGUCAAUCUCUCUCUCCCAACCAAAAACCACACACCAAGAGAUUUUCUCUUUCUCUCGAUUUCGCGGAGAUGGAUUUCCACAGCCUUCUCAGAAGAGAUCUUCAAUUUCUCUGUAAGAGGAACAAAAUCCCAGCCAACAUGACCAAUCUCGCCAUGGCCGAUGCUCUCAAAGCUCUUGAGAUUGUUGAAGGUCUUGAUGAAUACUUGAAUCAAUCCGACGCCAAUGUUCUUCAGUCUCCAACCACUGUAGCGAAGCAGCCGCCAAAUAUUGCGACUCGAACAACUCGAAGGAAGACUGCAGUAAAAGCUGAAACUCAGUCAUCAUCACAGCUGGUAAACCGUUCUUGUCAUAUGACGAGCAAGUCUCUUGCUGGAGAAAUGGAGCAGGAAAACAUAAACAAGAAUGUUGCUCAAGAACCGAAGACUAACAAUGUCAAGUUUGAAGCCGGUGUGCCCAAGACUCCUGCUGCACGAAGCACAAGGAAAGCUUCGGCAGCAACUUCUUGUACCAGCAAAGUUGAGGAGAGUAAGAAGGAUGAAUCGGUCCAGUCGGUGUACAGCACAAGGAGAUCAACCAGGCUGUUGGAAAAGUGUAUGGCUGAUCUGAGUCUGCAGACUGAAGAAGCCUUGGAUACCGAUAAACCUGAGAAGAAUGAAGAAACAGAACAAAAAGUAUCCGCACAGGAGAAGAAUCCAGCUGGUUCAGAGGAGACAAGUGAGGAAGCUGAAGUUAUCCCAGGUAGAGAUUUAAGUGCUUCCAUGGAGAAGGAAUGGGAGACCUUGAAGAAUGACGGUGACCAGGUAGUUGGUGAUCUUGAGCUACAUCUUGCUCCUGCUGAUGUUGCUGUCUCGGAAGCAAACACUGUUGCUCUUGGUGAUGUUGCUGUUUCGGAAUCAAACACUGAAACCAACAAGGAGAACAUGAAUGGAAAAAUGAGUGAUGAAGAAGUUAUGUGGCCUUCUUCUGCAGAAUCGGAGAAUAGUGUAGUCCAACAAGAAGAAACAUUGCAGGCCAAUAAAGCUAUUUGCGAGGAUGGCUUGAAGAAGAAUGACAAUGAUCAGGAGAUUGGAGAUCUUGAGGUUGAUGUUGGUGAUAUUCCUGUCUUGGAAAAUGCAAACGCUGAGACAAACAAUGAUGAUAAAGUAAAAGGUCUUUCUUUCGCAGAUCUGAAGAACGAUCAAGCUUUCCACAGUUUAGUACAAGUGGACCAACAAGAAACAGAACAGGCACUUCAAGAGAAUGAUGCUGAGCCUGAGAAAAUCAACAAUUUCGAUGAAGAGUCAAAUGUGGAUUCAACCGAUGGUGAUUCAGAAACUGAACAGGAAGAAGAUGAUUCUGGUGUUGACUCAGACGGCACUAUCUCUGAAGCUGAUUCGAACAAAGCCGUAUUGGGAUCUGAAACUGCUGAUGAAGAGAUGAUUCUUUCCGAAGAAGAAGACACCGUUGCUGCUCCAACUUCUCCUGCUCCCCUUCUUGAAGAGGCAAAAGUCAACACAACUCCAUUCGCAGCAGACUCAAUUUCAGUUCAGUUUCCAAGACCGAGCAAACCAACAGCAACUCCAUCAAAGAACUCGGGUGUGAAGCUGGUCAAUGUCGAGAAUAAGAACAAGGAGAACAACAUGGAGAUGAUGAUGAAUGCUAACAACAAUGACAAUGGAGAGCGAAAGGGUGAGGAUAAGAAAGUGAAGAAGGUGGCAAUCGACGAAGAGAGUUUGAAAGAUAUGAGCAUGAGGCAGCUUGAGAAGAUGGUGAAGGCUCUUUCCAUAAAGAGCAGUAACAACAGAACUGCGUUGCAGAUUUUGCCUGUCUCAGUUUCGACUGAUCCUAUUGUUGAAAGCUUUGCUGAUUUUAGUGUGGACAAUACUUAA